UAGGAAUCCCACUAGGAAACGGUGCGUUUCUGGGAUGAAACUGUAAAACCCCCAAAAAUCAAAUGUGGCAGAGGAAUGUAUCAUCGUGCUUAUCUGCUCUAAAACCCUACUUUUUGCUCUGCAACAACGCCACCAAAUCCAGUAGAAUAACCUUUAAGACACUAACGCUCAUGAAAACUCUUGAUGAAAAGGACGUCGGCAUCUUCUGCUAUAUUUCCCAGCUCCCUGGAUUUCGAGGCAUUUUAAAGCAGAGAUAUUCUGAUUUUAUUGUGAACGAAGUAGAUUGGGAUGGAAAUGUUGUCCAUUUGUCCUCGUUGGAUGCACCUCCAGAGGCUAUUGAGGAAAAUGGAACAGAGAUAGAUGAAAAUGUGAGCAAAAGUUAUACUACUGAAAUUGAAUCAUUCAGAUGCCUUGCUGGUGAUUCAGAUGCUGGAUGUUUAGAAGCUUUUAUCAAUCAAAUUUGUUCUGGCGGUAAAGAUAGCAUUUCACCUAUUGUUCUUUCCCCUGACUCUGAUAAAUCUCAUCGAACGGCAAUACAUAAUUUUUUUAAGGAGAACUUUAAGUUCCUUGUCACUGAUACCGUUGAUGGGCCAGAUGCUUCAUCGAAGUGCAUCCGUGUGAGAUUAAAUUCUGGAGGUUGGAGCAACCGAGGCAGAAACUCUAAAAAACGGAAAGAAAGAGGUGAUAAACCAUUUGAUAGCAGAGGUUCAGAAGACUGGCAAGGGAAGGCUGGCAAGUUCCUUAGGUUUCAUCUUUACAAAGAGAACAAGGAUUCACAGGAGGCAUUAGGAUUAAUAGGAAAGAUGCUUGGCAUUAAGCCAAGAUCUUUUGGGUUUGCUGGUACGAAGGAUAAGCGUGCAGUCUCAACUCAAAGGGUUACAGUUUUCAAGCUGCGUGCCAAUAGAUUAGCUGCCCUUAACGAUAGGUUGAUCGGUAUCAAAGUGGGUGACUUCUGCUAUGUUGAGGAAGGACUUCUCCUUGGACAACUUCUGGGAAACAGAUUUACUAUCACAUUGCGAGGAGUUGUUGCCGAUUCUGAAGAUACCAUCAAAGCAUCUGCAAGCGCCUUGGGGCUAGGGGGUUUUAUUAACUACUACGGUCUACAACGUUUUGGAAGUGGUUCUGUGCCAACUUUCCUUAUUGGAGCCGCGUUACUAAGAGGAGAGUGGAAAACUGCUGUCAGUAUGAUUCUUGAUCCAAGAGAAGGGGAAAGAAAUGAAAUAACAAAUGCACGCCAAUAUUACAAGGAAAAUAAUGAUAUUGAAGGGACACUAAGGCAAUUACCUCGAUAUCUGGUUGCCGAGAGGUCUAUACUUCAAUGUUUGAAGAAAUGUCCUGGGAACUACUUGCAGGCACUGAAAACUAUACCGAGGACUUUGAGAAUGAUGUAUGUACACAGCUAUCAAAGCUACUUAUGGAACCAUGCAGCAAGUAUGAGAGUGCAAAAAUAUGGAACUGACAAAGUUGUGUUGGGAGACUUGGUAUAUUGUAAAGAAAAUGACACUGAGAAGGUGAGAGAGGUUGUUAAUGCUGAAUAUGAAGAUGAAGACUGCAAUGAUGCAUUUGAUUCUCAUGAUUUGGAUGAAAUCUCUACUACAGAUAUUCCCAAUGAAAGGACUAAUCUUGUAAAGGCUGUAAGUGCAGAAGAUAUCCUUAAUGGAGGUUAUACUAUUGAUGAUGUUGUUCUUCCUUUGCCUGGUUCAAGGGUAAUUUUUCCUGCAAAUGACAUAGCUGAAGUUUAUCAUGAUCUGGCAAAGAAGGAUGGAAUCAGCUUGACGGAAAGUGUACAUAAUGUCAAGGAAUUCUCAAUUACAAGUAUGACUGGAAGCUAUAGGCGGGUCUUCCAAAAGCCACUUGACUACGAGUGGGAAUUACUCACGUAUACUGAUGGUACCAAACCAUUGGCAGAAACUGAUUUAGACAUUAUUGCUAAAUCUAAACCUGCUAAACAAGCUAACAAGGAUCCAGCAAAUGGAAAUGGAGACGGAAAUUUAUCUAAUUGCAUAAAAGAGUCAGAACAUUCUGUCAGUGAUAUAGAGCUUCGAACAGAUGAUAAUGAUAAUGUGGAGGGAGAGAAAAAAGUAGGGUUACCACAAGUUGAAUCUACACGUAGCACUAGUUCUCAAGAAGCCCAGAAGGCUCUCAAGUUGAUCUUUACUCUGCCUGCUUCUUGUUAUGCGACAAUGGCCAUCAGAGAGCUGCUGAAGACAUCAACCUCUGUUGCAUUUCACAAAACGUUAAACCAGUGAGAAUUUUGGUUCUUGAGGUUCACGGCAUGAGGACAUGCUAUGGUAUAGGAAUGGUAAUUCAACAUGAUUCCUAUGCUCUGAUGUACCAAGGAACUUCGAAGGAUGAGCAAAGGUGCGUAUAAAGUUAACUUGUAAUGGAUAUUACUAAGAAUUUUGCCUCUGAAAAUUUUGUAAUAAGAUUUUUUGAUUGUCAUAAGCUUUUUGUUUUAAAAAAUAGAUAUUUGGCUACAAA